AUGGCGACCUUCGCACCGCCGGCCCGCCGCGACAGAUUCCUGUAUAGCUCCGUCUUGUAUGCAGACGCGGGACAUGAUAACCACCACCCGCGCGCCAGCCUCGGGGAGCUAACAGCACUCCUGCGCCCCGAAGCAGUGAAAGGCAAAGGCAAAGCCAAGAAACCGAAGGCGUCAGAGGACGCUGAAGUGAUGAAGGACCGGCCGUGGCAUUUUUGGACCGCGCAGCUGCUGCACUAUGGACUUACGGCUACCAAGGAUAAGAACGCGGCCAAGGUGCGGCUGCUGAGUGCGCUGAAUGAGGGGCGGUUGGAGGUUCCGGGCUGGAUCCAAAAACUUGAGGGGGAGGUGAAGAAGGAGUGGGAGGCUGGGAAUAGGAGGUUGAAGAGAGCUGCCAAGGAGGGCGGAGUGCCGAAGCUGGAGAAGUCUGGGGCUCUGGCUGCAGAGGCGAGGAACUCUGCGGGUAAGGCAAGUUCAUUGGUCGAGAAGGAGAGCUCAGCUGCGAAGAGUAAGAAAGUACCAGGCAAGAAAACAUCUGGGACUACUCCUGUCACUUCCGUAACGCCGACGUCUUUGACGACUAAGCGGAAACGCGACGCCGCCAGUCCAUCUGGACCAAGCAAGAAGACAAAAGCGAGAAGCACGACCGAGAAGACCAUCUCCUCACCCGUUUCAACGAGUACAUCUGCAAAACCUGCAGCUUCUCAAAAGCCUCCGCAACCAGAAGAAGAACCCUGGCCAGCCCCACGCCGGAAGAUCGUUGCCCACGACGCGUGGAAAUUCUUCGACGAGGAUCAUCUCGCCCACACCCGUCCUCCAAACGCACCUCAUCCGUGCCCUUACCGCAUUUCCUGUCCCGAUGCCGAGUCAGAAUGGAACCAAGACUCCAUCGACGAGUUCUACCUCGCCUUCUCAGCCACAGAGGAGGAGUGGUGGAGCAGGUUCAAAUGGGGCGCCUUUGGAGGGAUACUAAUUCUGCAGCGUCAGCCGAAAAGAAUCAACAAGGCCGUCGGAGUGCCGUUCAAAUGGCGCGCACACUAUGCCUACGGCAACGAAGACGGCGACGGCACAGGCAGGAUCUUCUUCGACUCUGCAUCGACGAUACGCGGAGAGUUCCACGAUUUCUUCAGAGAAAAACCAUGCCAGUUCCGCGGAUGUGCGAUACCGUUCGCACGGCCGCGACCGCUUGGUCAUCAGACGCCCCAGGGCACGCCGGUUCUCGACCAAAUGCGUGCAGAAUGGAGCCAGAUGCCGACUGCGAUGCGCGACGUCCCCUCCAAGAAGCCGCGCGCAAAGAGCCAGAAGCUGAAGCCAUCGGUCCCUGCAUCUUCCACCGCUACGCAAGACGACAUCUACCUCAGCGGCACUUACCACAUCACCGCCCCUGACGUCGAAGAAGCCUCUUCUCAAGAUACCCCGCUCAGGCUUGCCCUCUUCACAGACGAAGCGACAGGGAUCUGGUGGGCGAGCUUCCACUGGUCGCCCCUCAACGGCGUGAUGAAAAUCGACCCCGGCCCAACGUACGACACCAUCGCAGACACACACAGCCUUGGGUGGCGCAUCCGCAACGAGGAGACAGGGGGGUUGAGUUUUGGCAGGGAUUGCACAGGGGAUAUUCGUUUUGACGGGCAAGAGAGGACGCUGAUGGGAGCGUUAUAUGGAGUACCCGGCGUGGGACUUUUGGAGUUUGAGGGGAGGCGGAUCGCGAGUCCUAGGAGGGUUGGUGGAUUGAAGCAAGAGUGGGAUUGGUUUGUCGAGGAAGCCUACGGGCGGUGA